CUGAGGAAAAAGAGAAGGGGAAUUGGGACGGUUGAGGGGGAUUAUAAUUUCUUUGAAAAGAGGGUUGGGGAGAGGCUAUGGCCGUCCCGGCCAAGAAGAGGAAGAUGAACUUCUCGGAGCGAGAGGUGGAGAUCAUCGUGGAAGAGCUGGAACUGAAGAAGCACCUGCUGGUGAACCACUUCAACGCUGGCGUCCCUCUGGCUGCCAAGAGCGCGGCCUGGCACAACAUCCUGAGAAGGGUCAACGCUGUGGCCACCUGCCGCAGGGAGCUGCCUGAGGUCAAGAAGAAGUGGUCAGACCUCAAAACCGAGGUCCGUCGCAAGGUUGCCCAGGUCCGGGCAGCCGUGGAGGGUGGCGAGGCACCAGGGCCCACUGAGGAGGAUGGAGCUGGUGGGCCUGGGACAGGUGGUGGCAGUGGUGCUGGCGGCCCAGCUGUAGCCCCUGUGCUGCUCACCCCCAUGCAACAGCGCAUCUGCAACCUGCUGGGCGAGGCCACCAUCAUCAGCCUGCCCAGUACCACGGAGAUCCAUCCCGUGGCCCUCGGACCCACGGCCACUGCAGCCGCAGCCACGGUCACCCUGACACAGAUCCCCACAGAGACCACCUAUCACACACUGGAGGAGGGGGUGGUGGAAUACUGCACGGCCGAGGCACCCCCACCCCUGCCGGCCGAGGCGCCUGUGGAGAUGAUGGCUCAGCACGCCGAGACCUCUGUCAAGCCACAGGCGCUCAAGAGUCGCAUCGCCCUCAACUCAGCCAAGCUGAUCCAGGAGCAGAGGGUCACCAACCUGCACGUGAAGGAGAUCGCCCAGCACCUGGAGCAGCAGAACGACCUGCUGCAGAUGAUCCGCCGUUCCCAGGAGGUGCAGGCCUGUGCCCAGGAGCGCCAGGCCCAGGCCAUGGAGGGCACCCAGGCGGCCCUGAGUGUCCUUAUCCAGGUCCUCCGGCCCAUGAUCAAAGAUAUCCGCCGCUACCUGCAGAGCAACACGCCCAGUCCGGCUCCUGCCUCUGACUCGGGACAGGUGGCCCAGAACGGGCAGCCAGACGGCAUCAUCCAGUGAGGGCUGCCCGGCUCGCCUUCUGCUGUGAUUGGAUGACACUACCUUGGUCCUGUAAGUGGGCUCCAUGAUUGGACAGCUCCCUCUUUGAUAGAGAUGUGGGGGUACCCUGUUUCUGAGAAAUGAAGGAGACUGGGAAGAGGAACUUGUUGGGUUCCUGGGACCUGUCAAAUCCUACCACUUGAGCUGCCUUGCUGAGAACCCCAUGAUUGACUAGCUGGGGGUCAGGCCUGGGGAUGACACGUAUUGUCAUGUGCUGGGCUUGUGUCUAGGACGGCUGUCAGGAAGGCUCUCACUUGGGGGUCUUCACACAACUGGGGCUCACUGCUGAGCCAUCUCCCCCCCCACCUCUCGGGGUGCCAUCCUUUUGAGUAAGAUAAUGGCAGUGGCGCAGUAAGAGCUACUACCUCCCUCGGGAGAGAGUGACUGGGCCGAAAGAGGAAACCCUUUUCCCUUCUCACUGUGCCUCAGUUCUCAGGGGACUCUAGUCAAUGCCGUGCUCCCCCAACCCCACCCCACCCAGCAGGGGCCCUGACUACCAAUAUACCUGCCAGCUGGGCUCAGGAAUGUCAUGUGCUGUGGGGAUGGCUUGGCACCAUCUGAUCUUCCCCGGUGUCCCCUGGACUGCCCUCAGGUCAAACAGCAGGCUGCUGUCAAUCUAAGAGAGUCAACCCAGGUGGAAACAUCUUGCCCCUCUGCAAUGGGAGGUGAGCUGUUGGCUCUGUCCAGAAGGCUGUUUCAAGCCAGUUGUAUUUAUUCUGUCUGAGAACCCCUCCUGGGAAAGCCUCCAUGACCUCUGAAGGCCGCUCUGCAAAUUCAAAAAACUGGGUGCCCAGCACCCCCUGGAGCCCUUUGACACGCUAUGCAGCGCCUGUGUUCUGAUGAGACCCCCCACUGACUUUUGUGGUAUCUGGAGACCUGACUGGCCCUCAGUAUGUGAGCGGGGAGAGUCAAAGCGCCAAGAAGUGGGACCUUGGAUUUCUGUGCUGGGGAAGAGCAGGCCCACCUCAGGGUGCUGCUGCAGGAGGUGGUAUUCCCUGUUUGUCUAGAUGAUUUCUCCCCAUUUGUAGGGAGCCAACCCGGAUGGCAUUUGUCUGUUUCAUUUUCAGAACCGCCAUUGAUUACUGAGACCCUGCGUCCUCCCGGGUUGUUUCUCAGUUUGGUCCUUUUGCUGCCGGUGCCCUGGCCAAAUGUGACCUGAGGGGUAAAGCUCCAGGCUCCAGAUCGCAGCUAAACACAGAGGGUGCCGACCUUGUGGGCAGGUUUGUUUAGAAUUGCUCGCCUCCACCGUUGCCAUCCUGGGAAGAUGCCCCCGAAGACGGUUGGGAUGUGACUGUUGUCCCACCAGCCUGGAGGGUGCAGGCAGUGCCAGCUGCAGAGAGCUGGAGAGAAAUCGAGCCAGAGAGGAGUUGGGUGGCAAAAGGAAAGCCCUUCUCACUGUGACUGGAAAGCAGCAGCUCCUGGCACCCCAGGCACCCUGCCGCCAUGGAACCUGAUGGCUCUUCAGGAGAGCUGUGGGGACCCCCCUGAGGUUUCCCCACUGGGUUUGGUGGUUCUUUGGGGUUGGAAAUCUGAGCCAAUAUUGUAUCUGUUCCAAUUGGGUAUAAAGAGGAAACCUGGAUCACUUCUAUUGGUUCCUUCCAGGUCAUAAUUUUAAAUUAAAGAAAUACUACCGUUUUUCAUACCCAUCUGUG